GAAGUAAAAUGUGUACACUGGAGUCCAGAAUGACCGGCCCUCUUUAUGGUGCUGUGUUAACUUCUUGCUGACUGGCAGGGACAGGAAAGGCCAUAGAUAUCGUCCCCCUGUAGAAUGAGUGAAUCAGGUAUGUCUGAUUUUGAGGUGAGAAAAGAAGUGUCAUCCGACCCUGGUUUUCAUUUUGGUGCUCAAAGAUGACAUAAAAGCUGGAUGCCAGGGAGGAAUAUCCACCGGGGGAGGAAGAAACCAGCCCUGCACUCCUCCGUGAUUGGGACUGACUGUGUUGUUGCUGGGUGGAACAGCGUAAUGCUGUUGCUGCUCCUGCUCCAGCACCGUGGUGUUUCUGUUCCAGAUUGUGCUGACUCACAUUCAAGAAAACAUGAUACACAGACACAAUGCACUGUAACUCUUUUCCUUUUCCCCAGUAACCUCGAAACUUUCUGUAGCUCAUGCAAUAAAUGGCUGAGACAGUAGGUGUAAUACCAAGAGAUGAAGAUGAGAUCCAAAAUAACAGUGAUGAUGAAGACCCAUUUCCGAAUUGUGAUGAGGUAGCAGCAUCCCCUGGUUGCUUUGCCAGCCCUUCGUUAGCCAGCCUUAAUGAAGACAAGGGAAGCUCAGCAGUGCCAGAAAGGCUGUCCAUCCUUUCCAGGAAAGCUGUGGCCCAGGCAAAAGCCCUGACUGGCCCAGAGAUGGUUAGUGGUGGCCCGGCACAGAGGGCAGCCUCUGGGUUGGCUGAGCAUCAUCCAACAGCUGUAAAUGCAUCGUUAGGUGGCUCUUCAUACCCUGCAGAGGUCGGUAACCUGCAGCCUGUGGGCAUUGCCUCCCCGUGCUCCGAGAGCCCCUGCUGUGACGGCAACCUGAGUUUGGAGGUGCUGCAGGUCCCGUGGGUGCCCGGAGGGGCCGAUGAGCCCCCGCAGCCUGACGCUGCCCUGCCCGGGAGCGACACCGGGGGCUGCCACACACCACAGGCGGGGAGCAGAGUGAAGGGGGACACAGACCCCUGUAGUCUGGGCCGGGCAAUUUGGACAAAGACUGUAAAAGUAACGGAGUCCUUAGAAAAUAAGAAAAAAGAGGAAAAGGAGAAGUACCGGCUCCAGCUAGCUAUGUACCGGCGGCUUCUGCUGUUGCGCUCAAUCAGGAGCUUGCACAAGCAGCUGGAGCAGCAGCAGGCCAGAUUGCAGGAAUGCUAUGGCAUGGUAAUAAAUACCAAGAAAGAAGUGUUGAAACACAUUCGCUCAACCUCGCCCUCACCUUCGCCAUAAUCGUGUUGCUGCAUGCAGAAAUGAGCUUUGUAAUGCCACCGGAGCCGUCAGUAAGCUUGCAUGCUAUAGGGGUGGUGUCCUCAUACCCAGGAGUACGUGCCCACGUGCGCCGAGAGCAGGGAACAGCAGCAGCAGAGCAAGAAGAAAGGGGAAGGGAAAGUGUUGGCCCCUGAAUUUGGCUGGAGGAAACCGGAGCAAGACUCUACCUGUGCGAGAAGCUGACUGCUGAAGCGCACUCAAAGCCUCAAGCUGAAAUAGGAUUUUUAGCAUAUAGGCUUGUAGAAAGAAAAAAAAAAACAAAACAAAACAGGAACUGGGAACCUAGUCUGACAGCUAAUCUGUAAGGGGGUCAGGUGCAAGAGUUGCUGCCGGCUGAAUACGUGAAAUGGCGCAUCUCCCUUCUAUUUGCAGCGCUAACAAAACUUGAGCAGAAUUAGAGUUCAUUUGUCUGCAAGAAUACCUGAAUCUAGAAAGCCAGGAUAUUUGAAACACGUAAGCUCAGGCUUGAUUAUAUCUAGCCAGCUGCCUGUUUUUCACAAAGCUGCUAAGGCCAUUGCACAUUUGCGACCUCUGCCCUCCUAUAAAAUUUAUUCAGAUUGACCAGAAAUUAUUGUGGGAAGGUAGGAAAGUCAAGCGCAUGCACAGGGAGACAGUGCAACUGCCUAAACCUUAUUUCCUUAGGAAAGCAAGCUAAAAACAAAGGCCUCGUAAUCUGGCUUUGCAUUGGAAACCCAGACUGGCAGUGCCAGGGGAAUGUUCAAGGUCUGCACAAUUAUUAAUCUGCUGCUAACUCCCAGUGGCACUAGCGUCUGCAAAUCAAGCAUAUUUUGUGCCUUACUGCUGUCAUUUAAUGGAAGUUGGUGACAAUUAGCACUUUUUAUCCAGGUGUAUUAGACACGUGGAAAAGCCUAGAGCAGUGUUUCUCCAACUGCGAGGUUAGGAUGCCUGCAGGGAAUUUGAUGUCAGUAUGCAACAAACACACAGGGAAAAUGAAAGCAAAAAGAUGCAAUUUUUUUUUUUAUGCAUUUAAAAGGCAACGUGAGUCCCUAUUAUUGAAGAGCAAAUUGAAUAGUUGACUGUGCUGGUUUAGGAUCUGAAGCAAAAAAUUAUUCAAGAAGAAAAGGUACUGAAAAGCUUCCUUUUCUAGGAUUUAAAGUGAUAUGGAAAAAUAUCGUUUUCUUCAGAUAGUUAUUUCUGAUCAUGCCACCCUUCCUUUUCCUCUGUUUUUUUUUUUUUGUUAUAAAUGUUUAGGUAGAUGAACAAUCAAACAGGUUUUUGGUGUGUUUUUUCUGGAUAAAAAGGUGAGUCUGUUAUUAGAAGUCAUAUCUUUCUGAGAAUAAUAUACUAUAUACAGGAAACUUUUUAUCUCAGCUUUUUUGUGUGUGUAUAGAGAGAGGGUGUGUGUGUGUUUGUGUAUGCCCACACACAAACCCCUCCCUGUAUACUAGAGGUUAUGAAAGGUUGGGGCUUCUUUUUCUGUAGCGAAAACAGGAAUAAUCUCUCAAAAUAAUCUCUGCUGUCUGCGAGGAGUUUGGUUGAUUAGAUUCACAUGCACACAUCUGUGAGCAAGGUAUUGAAGUAAUUCAACAAUUGAAGUGCAGCACAACAUUGUCAUUAUUCCGUCUUUGUAUUUCUGUGCACCCAAAAUUAUGGAAGCCCCCUGGGUAUGCACAACCUUAGAUAGGUUCAUUCAUCUCCUUGGGCCCUGGUGUAUCUUCUCACACAGCAUGAGCCUGUAACUUUGAAUGCAGGAUUACCAUAGAAACAUCCUUGGCAUCAAGGAGAUAUUUGAAGAAGCACCUUCUACUGCCUCAUUUGGGGGGAUUUGGGUUGCCGGGGGCCUUUAGUGGGCUGCAGAAGAGAGCUGGGGAUUGCGUGUGACUGGGAGCCAUUACUCCUGAGCUCUGAUCCCACCCAGCUCUCUGCUCAGCCUUGGGAAUGCUGUUCUCUGGCAGGUUUCUCAAAGAAUGCUUAAAUACUAAACUCACCCCAAAGGUAACCUGCUCUGUCUUAAUAUGCCCCCCAAGAAGGAAUGUUGACCGUGGCCAAUAGAGCCAUGCAAAGAUUUGAUUUUUUUUUUUAAAUUUUUUUGUACUUCAUGAACUAGAAAAGCCUUUUUGUCAUUGGUUAAGAGUGAGAGUAAGCAUACUGUACCAAGCACAAGCAAACCACUAUUAGGUCGUCUCUCUUGGGGAAAGAAAUGUUGGAGAAGGGACACAUCUCUCAAAAAUAUUACUGAAUUUUGAAAUCAAAUGUCAAAUUGUUCCCAUUAGGAAGACAGUAAAAAUAUAUACUUUUGUUAACUUUGGCCAACUUUUUUUGUUG